UUCAAUCUGUUGUUGCACAUUCAUUCACGUUGCACUUCAUCUCGCUGAUACCGCCAAAAUCCCGCUUUCAGCGUCCUGGCUGGACGCGGUGCUCUCUCCUUUCCGCUCCCCUCCCAAAAGACCGCGCUACAUCAAUCUCCAGGCCAUGUCGACACCGAUCCGUGGUCUCCCUGUCCCGUUUCGGGACUCGCCAGCCCCUGCGUAUCGAAGGGAGCCAUUGCGAGUUGCAUGUGUACAAUUUGAUGUGAAGCGAGGGGAAGUCAAGCGGAAUGCAGAGAGCGUCGAGGCGAUGACAUCGAGACUCCAGCCUGACUCGCUAGAUCUCCUCGUCCUGCCUGAAAUGUGCCUUUCAGGAUACAUUUUCAACUCUGCCACUGCUAUCCUACCAUAUCUCGAGCAACCGCGUAUCGGUCCCACGUCGCUGCUUGCUCGGAGUCUAGCUCGACGACUGAGAUGUCACGUCGUUGCGGGGUACCCAGAGGCUCUGGUAGAAGAAUCUGGAGAAGCACCCACAGCUUCGUCAAGCUCUUCCUUAUUGCUGGACUCGAGCGCGGGCGUGGAGGAGACUGGCCCAAAAGCCAUGAAGGCUCUUGAGGGAGAAGGGGAAGGCGUCGGUUUCAACUCUGCCAUAGUAGUCGGACCUGAGGGAGAGAUUGUCGGCAACUAUCGAAAGACAUUCCGUUUCGACACGGACAAGUGCUGGGCUAGGGCAGGUAGUGGCUUCAUGCACUUUGACCUGCCGGAGCCCUUGGGUCGUACUGCUAUCGGAAUCUGCAUGGACAUGAACCCAAAGGACUUUAUAGCUCCAUGGGAUGCCUUUGAGCUCGGAUCAUACGUCAGAGAGAGCGGCGCAGACACUCUCGUCGUGCCGAUGAACUGGCUCCAAGCUCCUGUGGAACCUCCCAACCAGGGUCUCGAAAUGGAUCCCACAGCUCCCGAUGAAAGCUCGCUAAAUUAUUGGGCAGCGAGGCUGCAGCCUCUACAUGACCCCACACCGGGUUACGUCUCGCCAUCUCCGAGCAGCGCGAUGGACCCUCAGGGAGGUAAACAAGUCACAUUUGUUGCGUGUAAUCGUGUCGGUGUCGAGGACGGCAAGCGAUACGUGGGUACGAGCUGUGUCAUGACAUUGUCAUCAGAUCCUCGGAGGAUCGAGCUGGUGGAAGUGUGCAACAUGACAGAGGAGAGGGUUCUGGUGGCCACGGUGGUCUAGCAGAUGACACGAUGAGGAGCGGCCAGUUAAGCGAGGCCAUGGCGUGCUCAGCGCGUGUGGUACUCUGCCUGAUGGAUCACUUUAUAGUGUCUAUCUUGAGUUCGGCUCGAGUGUACAGAUCUCAGCUCGGCUACCAUCUCCGUGAGGCCACAAUUGAAGUCCUGUUUGCAUGAUUAAUGAACUGGAAAGGAAGGGAAUCGGUGUCCCGAUCAAAACGAAAGGAGGAGGACAGGCAGAGGAGAGAGUCAUCUAGCGCCGGUGGUUGUCAAUAUGCGCGGGAUAGACUGUUUCAUACCAUGCACGAGGAUCGUCCCACCAUCAACACGCUCACGACCGAGGUGUAUUUAUACUUUGAUGCAGAUCGGGGCCUUUCCUCCCCUGAUCAUGUUCUUCGC